AUGGGUUGGGUACUGAACGCCACUUCUGAGGUUGACGCCAUCUCGCAGUGGCCGACCAUCAUCGCCAUCUGUACUGUUCUUUCAGUCCUGUCGAUUGCCGUCGUGGGGUCUCGACUAUGGAUUCGUAAUAACGCCAGAGGACUGGCCCCCGACGACUGGGUAUCUGUGUUGUCUCAGGUGUUUGCUCUUAUUUACUCUGGUCUUACCAUCGGUCAAACGAGAUACGGUCUAGGACUGCCCAUCGCACUACGCCCAAAGGCCAAUUUGAUAAAAUAUACGCGCAUCAACUUUGCCGGUCGUCCAGUCUAUCAGAUCGGCAUCAGCUUUUUCAAGAUUGCUCUUCUCAUCAGUUAUCUACGUCUACUAAAAGGCACUGAUCAGAAAAGCUACCGCCGUGCUGUCUGGCUCACCAUCAUCCUCAUCUUCCUUGCACACUUGGGAUGCGCAUUUUCUCUCAUUUUCGCCUGUACUCCUGUGGACAAAUCAUGGAAUCCUCUAAAGGAUGGACAUUGCCUGGCGCCAGGCCCUUCAUUCACUGCGUAUGCUGUUGUUACGAUUGUGUCUGAUGUUGUCGUGGCGAUACUUCCAAUUCCGGUUCUGCUCAAGCUUAACAUUCGCCUCGAGAAGAAAGUGGGCCUUAUCGCGAUUUUUCUGCUCGGUCUAUUCACAACUCUGUGCUCCAUUCUGCGUUACCUUGAGAUCAACCGGAUUCAGUUUGGCGACGGAAACUCGACCAUGUUGGUGCUGUGGGGAACCAUUGAAUUCCACGUUGGUAACAUCGUCUCCUCCCUACCCUUCCUCGCCCCUGUUUGCAUGAAAAAAGCAAAAAACUAUCGCUCCAAAUACUCGGGCGGAUCCUCUCACGGACGAAGCGGCUUGAAGGGUGCAGAGAGGUACAAAUUGAGCGACAUCAACAACGACAAGAGCGUCUUCGCCUCGGCGAACCACGACAAGGGAGACAACGGCAGCGAGGAGAACAUUCUUCCCGGCAACAUCAUGAAGUCCGUAACCUACAGCGUUCAGGUCGCGGACAGGCCGGAUGCCAAAUCAUCUACACGACGAAGGGACUCGCGGGAUUCAGAUUAA